GCUUACAGCCAGACACAGUAGCGAACACGAUCGAGCCCCCUAGAGUCUUUGGGAAAGACGAGAUUCGAGCUAUAUUCAUGUUCCGGGGUGUGAAACCCUUUAGCGUUGAGCUGAUAUAGUGGAGUCGCAGUUGCUGAGCGCAAAUGGGAUGGAAGACACUGAAAUUAUAGUGUCGCUGGAGUUUAGCGACUAACAGGAUAACUUGGGCAUUAUCGCAGUAUAAGGAAAAUUUCAUUUGUGAUUUGGCACAUGGCACUCAAUGAAUGCAGCGCGAGCAGCGAUGAACACGACAGUCUUCAGUAAGUUUGAUCGGCUGCGUUUUGAGGAGACCGAACAGAAUGUGGAAAGAACCAGUAGGAGCUAUUUAGAGGUGAUUGAUGGACAACAUUCAGAUUUACUGACAAGCCACAAAGUGAUGGAUGGCACCGAAGCUCUAAAACACAAACGAAAUGGUGGAGGGAAGGUGCGGCACAAACGUCAGGCCUUGCAGGAUAUGGCUCGACCACUGAAGCAGUGGCUCUAUAAGCACAGGGACAACCCUUACCCCACCAAAACUGAGAAGAUACUGCUGGCUCUGGGUUCCCACAUGACCCUGGUUCAGGUCUCAAAUUGGUUUGCGAACGCGAGGCGAAGACUCAAGAACACAGUUCGGCAGCCUGACUUGAGCUGGGCUCUACGCAUAAAACUGUACAACAAAUAUGUACAAGGAAACGCUGAGAGACUCAGCAUUAGCAGUGAUGACACAACAUCGGAUGAUGGGGAGAAUCCUUUAAAGAUGCAGGCCAGCGAAUCAGACUAUAACAGACCCAUGCACAAGAGCGUUAUUCAGGACAGCAGAGGCAAAGGUGUGGGGCGAAGCACAGACCCCUCAGUUUGUGAUGAUUAUGUGUCUCCACCAAAAUACAAGAACAGCUUGUUAAACCGCUAUCUAAACGAUUCCCUUCGGCAUGUAAUGGCUUCCGAAAAAAUUAUGGACUCUCGGAAUCGGAAACAUUCUGGAUCAUUUAGCUCCAACGAGUAUGAGGAUGAUUUGCUUUCACCCUCAUCAGAAGCUGAGGCAAACUUCACCUACCGUACAGUGACGUUGGACUGUGGCACACGCCAAAGUGAUAGCGGUGCUUGUAAAGGUGGCGGAGGAGGAAAUAAUGAGACUUACUGGAAAGAGCUCCAUGCCGCCAUGGCCCUGACCAACCUGGCCCAAGGGAAGGAGAGCGCAGCGCCGGGCACCACCAGCUGUAUCAUCCAGAAGUCUUCCCAUAUAGCAGAGAUUAAGACUGUCAAAGUGCCCGUACAACCCCGACAUUAGUGGCUAACAGACUGGACAGCGGUCUGUACUAGGUUAUAAUUGCUAAAAGACUACCUGAACACUUGACUAUGUACUACAUGCAAUAAUUUAGUUGAAAAUGAUCCACAACAGCCUUUUCUGAGAGGAAAAGUACAUGUUGAUUGACCAGCGUGCCUAUUUUUUUUUUUUUACCACUGUCUGAUGAAAAAUGACGCAGAAAAGAGAGUUUAUUGUGUGGACGGUCACUACAACUAAACACAGAAGCACAAAAAUCCGACUCUUUUUGAUUUAUACUGUCAUCAUUUCUAAAAAUGCAGUUUUGUUCGUGGCUAAAAUGUAAUAUAUUAAUCAUGUAUGUAUUCAUUUUCCUAAGUUAUGUUAAUUUUAAUUUUAAUUGACACAGGAUUAUUGUCAUCCUAUGGCAAUGGCAUAUAAAUGUGGAUUCUUGUGUUUUGUUUUGGCAAGUAUGGCAUAUAGAGGAAGUUUAUUUCCUUUUUAUUUUCUUUUUUUGUUUUUUGAAUAUUCUGUAUGAAUGAAGCAACUUUUUUUUCUUUUAAUUUCAUGUGUCAUUGCCAAGUUUAUCAUGCAAAACAGAGUCAUUUGAGAGUUUCUCAAUAAAAUACAUUUGUGCUUUGAUUAAA